UACAACUUUAACUUUGAAGCUUGUUUUGUUAAUGUUGUGACUUGUGGCGUGCAGAAUUAUUUCAUUUUUACUUAAUAAUUAAUUAUAUUUUUCGAUGUCGAUACUAAGGUCGUGACCAAAACUCAAAUUAAUUUAAACAUGUUGAACAUUAAAAAUUACGGUAGCAGUUCAGAAGACGAAGAAAAUGACACAGAAACGAUACAACAACACAGUAACGAAAAGUUAUUGACUCACUUGAAGCCUGUUGAUCCAAAUUUAUCAAUAGCAAAGAAAAUGCAAAUAUGUGCUGCACCCAUAGUAAUGCCAACGAACAAUGAUGACACAAGGGUACUUAUGCCAAAAAAUCAAGAACUAAUGCACAAUCCAAAGUACGAAGAGUUAUUUGCUCCAGAAUAUGGCCCCGAGAACCCCUUUCGAACACAACAGAUGAAAGCUGAGAGGAAUAUGUUGUCAGGUUAUGUGGAGAAAGCACAUAUAAGUGAAUUUCAAUUUGAGAACCAGCGGAGGACAUUCACAAGUUAUGGUUAUGCUGUUGAUCCUUCCACAGAACCCAUUACUGACAGUGGUAAAGGAGAUGGAAUUGUUGUGUCAGAAACAGUGGCUCCACCAGUUGAAGCGGAAGGUAAAUCAGUGUUUGAAGUAAUAAAGAAAAGGCCGUUAGACAAAAAGAAAAGACAUAAAAAUGAUAAUCCUGAGGAUGUUGAAGGGUUUUUAGGGCCAUGGGGAGGCUAUGUUGGAGAGCAAAGAGUCAUGAAGCCUGAAGGUGAAAUAGCUAAAGAGCUUGAAGAAAUUGUAGCGAAGAGACAGAAAAAGGGCAAAGUGGAUGAUGAUAAACCCCUGGAAGAGAAAUCUAUAUUCCAUAUCGACAAAGCUACUGACUACCAAGGCAGGUCGUGGCUUGAAGCCCCUCGCAGUGAGACGCAGUUGCGAAGUGACACUCCGCCCGCUAAAUGUUUCUUACCCAAGUCACACAUAUUCACGUGGAAGGGUCACACGAAGGGCGUGGCGGCGGUCCGCUGGUUCCCCAAAACUGCACACCUCAUGCUAUCCGCCGGCAUGGAUUGUAGAGUUAAGAUAUGGGAAGUAUACGGCGACCGCCGAUGCGUGCGCACGUACUUCGGCCAUAGACAAGCGGUGCGAGAUAUCAACUUUAACAACGAGGGUACACACUUUUUAUCUGCGGCAUACGACCGCUACAUAAAGCUAUGGGACACAGAGAGCGGAGAGUGUGUGAGUCGGUUCACGUCACGGAAAGUGCCAUAUUGUGCUAAAUUCCACCCCGAUACUGACAAACAGCACCUGUUCGUGGCCGGCACUUCUGAUAAGAAGAUUAUUUGUUGGGACACAAGAACUGGUGAGGUGGUGCAAGAGUACGACCGGCAUCUCGGCGCAGUGAACACUAUCACCUUCGUUGAUGAGAACCGGCGCUUCGUCACCACCUCCGAUGAUAAGAGCUUGCGCGUUUGGGAGUGGGACAUCCCCGUGGACAUGAAGUACAUAGCGGACCCGUCGAUGCACUCGCUGCCGGCGGUGACGGCGUCGCCCAACGGCAAGUGGCUCGCGUGCCAGUCCAUGGACAACAAGGUGGUGGUGUUCAGCGCGCUCAACCGCUUCAAGAUGAACAGGAAGAAGACCUUCGCCGGACACAUGGUCGCCGGGUACGCCUGCUCCGUCGACUACUCGCCGGACAUGAGCUAUCUCGUGUCUGGGGAUGCUGACGGAAAAUGCUACAUAUGGGACUGGAAGACGACAAAACUUUACAAAAAGUGGAAAGCUCACGAUGGAGUUUGCAUAACAUCGCUCUGGCAUCCUCACGAACCCAGCAGAUUGCUCACCGCGGGCUGGGACGGCGUUAUAAAAUAUUGGGAUUAAAUAAUACUACAUUUUACGA